UCUGUGUCAACAAAUGCCACAGCAGAAAGUGACAUGGACAGAAGUUAGCAGAUUCAGAGACUCGAGUACGACUGAUUUCAUUAUUUCGUAUUUGUCAUCAGCAGUAUAGUAUAUACAGUAUAUAUAGUAUUCAUUAGCUAAAGAACAAAGACAGGACAACAAAAACGCUACAAUUAGUAUGUCCAUCAACGAGCAAGUUAGCUAGUUGGAGCUAACAAAACCGCCGCAACAACAAGAAGUUGAAGUGGUGAUCCACCUUCCAAUCAUUAAUAUGGACACAGAUAACGAAUGAACUACAAGUGGACAUCAAGAAAAUAAUUCAGGACAUUUAUAAAUGCCUGACAUCAAUAGCCGUUUAACUACAUAGCUAAUUGGGAAGCUGUGUGUGCUUCGUUCAGACCUGAAUUGAUUGUUGUUUUUAAACUAUGUUUCCUUUGGAUUCGCCAUGGAGCAUCUCCUUUGCUGGUUGUGGCUUCUUGGGUAUCUACCACAUAGGAGUUGCCAGUUGUCUUCUUGAACAGGCUCCUUUUUUAGUGGCAAAUGCCCGGCACAUCUAUGGAGCAUCUGCCGGUGCACUUACUGCUUCUGCUCUAGUUAGCGGAGCAUGUUUAGGUGAAGCAGGUGCCAACAUCAUUGAUGUUGCAAAGGAGGCAAGGAAACGUUUCCUUGGGCCCAUGCAUCCCUCCUUCAACCUGGUGAAGAUUAUGCGUGUCAUGCUGUACCGUACACUGGCCCACGAUGCUCACCACCGGGCCACAGGUCGGUUGGGGAUCUCCCUCACACGAGUGUCAGAUGGGGAGAAUGUUCUGGUGUCCCAGUUCAACAGCAAGGAGGAGCUAGUGCAGGCAUGUCUAUGCAGUGCCUACAUCCCUGUGUAUUGUGGACUCAUCCCUCCUACACUACAGGGUGUGCGCUAUGUGGAUGGAGGGAUUUCAGAUAACCUGCCCCAAUAUGAGCUGAAGAACACCAUCACAGUGUCACCCUUCUCCGGAGAGAGUGACAUCUGUCCUAGGGACUCCUCCACCAACAUGCAUGAGCUCCGCUUCACUAACACCAGCAUCCAGUUCACCCUCACCAACCUCUAUAGGGUGUCCCGGGCCCUCUUCCCCCCCGACCCAAUGGAUAUGAAGGCCAUGUGCAAGCAAGGAUAUAAGGAUGCUCUUCACUUUCUAAAGAAAAACGGACUGCUGAACUACCAGGGACCUCAAAGAGCUCUACUGGGCAGUAGGGAGGAAGAGGAUAACUGGGCAGAUAACGAGUUGGAGGGAAAGCCCCAUGUAGAGUGUGUCAUCGGCAAGGACGGAGCAGUAAUGGUCCGCUCACGUCCCAGCAAAGAAAACCGUAUCGUUGAAAAGCUGCCACCUAGAGUACACAAAGCACUGGUGGAGGCAUGCAAGGAGAAAAAGAGCUACGCGCAGUCACUAAGCAACCUGCUGCCUGUCAGACUGGCCUCUGCUAUGAUGCUUCCUUACACGCUUCCUCUGGAGUCUGCCCUGUCCAUGACUGUGAGACUCUUAGAAUGGAUGCCGGAUGUGCAGGAAGAUGUGGGCUGGAUUGGAGGGCAGACGGUUAAAAUGGUUCAGUGUGUUCUGCGUCAGGCCUCUAAAAGUGUCUCUCAGCGCAUAUCUGCCAGGUUUUCCUACCAGCUGGAGCUGAGGCACUGCCAGUCUCUCCCGAACCCGAUCAGACGUAACAGCAUCCUGCCUAACUGGGUGUGUGACAACAGCCCCACAAUGCAGGAUGUCUUCAUGCGUCUGGACCAGUUUCAGAGGCAGCUGCUGCCCAGCGCCUUCAGCGUCAACAUGGACCUGAAGGGCUCCUUUUGCACUGGAUCCAUCCCACCGGUCAAGAACUCUCUUUCACCCUCACACUCCCAAGAGGGCCUGGUCAUGCACGAGAUCAGCCAGAACUCUCCAGAAGAACCUGCCUCACCAGGGGUUAUCUUCAGGUCUUAGGAGACCAUGUUACACUGCCGCAGGAAGUCCCUGAAACUGGGCCAAUGCAACUUCCCUUUCAGCAUCCCUUAAUAGCCCCUUAAUUUAAAGUUAUUUUAAUGCAUUUAUUGAAAUUGUGUCCUCACUCCAAAGAACCAAACUGGCUAGGAUGGCUGGCUUUUGCAGUUUUUACUAUUUCUUAAUUUGAUCAAUUACUUUUCUCUAAUGCAGAGAAACCAAAAAUAUUACAGCUAUAAUAAGUCUGUAUUGCAGGCCUAUUGUGUUUGUUGGGUCUCCCUUUUGUGCAAUGCAAUGCACAUAAUAUGUUAUACAUACAGUCAACUAGAUGCAUUUCAUUAAAGCACAACACAUGAGGAAGGAUAGAUUCCUCCUCCAGCCAAACCUUAGCCUAGUGGUCCCCUCCCAUACCCUCAGAUAUAAAAUGAUUUACUUAAUCUGAAAGUGAAAGUGUUUUUUAACUAAAACUCAUUGGGGUAGAGAUCACCACUGGCAUGUUGUGCUGACGUAAGUGUCUGUUAACAAGGCAUGAAAUGUAGCAAGACCAGUACUUCAUCAGAUUGCUGCUACACUAUAGUUAUCAGCUCUAACCCAGGUUAACUGUCUGCUGCCUAUUGCGUAAGGGUGCCAGAGGCCAAUAGGAAAGAAAAUAAAGAACAGAAAUGGAGAUACUGUGAAUGUAAAUCUGUAAGGUGGUGACAAGGUGGGUUUCCAUAUAUAGUCAUGCCAAUCUAGUGCCAAUGCAGUAUUGAAAAUCGGUAGUUUCUUUGGUCAUAAUGCUUCUGAAAAUGUUUAUUGAAUCAAUUGAUAUAGGCUUUACAUGAGGCCUGCCUUAUGUGAAAAGGCUAUCUUGCUUUUGAAAAUGACACUUUAGACUUUGAACACUAUUGAUGUAAUUACAGAUUUUUGUGCAUAAUGACAAUUGAAUACUUAUUAUAAUACAUUUUCGCAAUAAUCCAGUUUGAAAAUCAGGUUUUAGAGAGGUUAAAAUCAAUGAGAAAUAAUAUUCAGGUUUUUUUGAAUAUAUAAUUCUAAUUGCAUCGGAAUCUUAACAGGAACUUUUACUAUAAUGUGCAGUAGGCCUAUUAGUUGAAUGAAAAUCAUUUAUUACGACCUG